AUUCCACCUGCUGCCCCAGGAUUGAAGUGGAAAAUGUUGGGGAGGUCUCUGGAAAGCAGAGCCCUGGCCCACCCCAGCGAAUGUCUCAUUGUUAGCUGUGAACUGACCCUGCCUUUAGCCCAUAUAACCCAAUGAAUAUUUGGCCUCAAUCCUGCAGAUGUGUAUGCCCUUCUUAGCUUUCCUGCUGAGAGCAGCCAGUGGUAGUACUCGCGUGCACAACUGGAGCAGCUGCAGAGCAAGACUCUUGCAGCAAUGGGAGAGGCAGAAGACAGUGGUGUGAGAUGAGGGGACUACAAGGAGCCAAGACAUUCCCCAUCAUGGUGGGCGAGAGGAGGAAUGGAAACCUGCUUGUGCGCCUGGGGCCCAAGCUGCAGGCCCACCCCGAGGAGCUGAUCCGGCAGCGCCGGGGCCACGAUGGCCACACUGAGUACUUGAUUCGCUGGAGCAUCCUCAGCUUGGAGGAGGGCCCAGGGAGCAGCACCAAUGCCUGUUCGGCGGAGAACAAAGCGGAGAACAUCCUGAUGUGGAUGUCGGCAGAGGAGGUUUAUGCCAACUGCCCGACGCUGCUGGGCAAGAGGAAGCCCGAGGGGCAGCGGGUGAAGGAGGAGAAGGCGCCCAGCACGUUCCCUCCGGAUGUCACGCUGGAUGAGGCCUCACUUCUGGAGAUGAAGGCUGACAUCAGGAACCUAGUGCAACGGGCUAGCCGGCAGAUGGCCGGGCCCACGGGCCCAGAGUCCUCCAUUCUCAACACCAUCCACGUGCUGAGUGCCUACGCCAGCAUUGGCUCGCUGACGGGCGUCUUCAAGGAGACCGGGGCCCUGGACCUGCUGAUGAAGAUGCUGUGUAAUGAGGAGAAGCAAAUCCGCCGCAGCGCCGGCAAGAUGCUGAGGGCCCUGGCUUCACAUGACGCAGGGAGUCGGGCCUACGUUCUCCUGUCCCUGAGUCAGCAGGACGGCAUUGAGCAGCACAUGGACUUCGACAGUCGCUACACCCUCCUGGAGCUGUUUGCAGAGACCACGUCCUCCGAAGAGCACUGCAUGUCCUUCGAGGGGAUCCACCUGCCCCAGAUCCCUGGGAAGCUGCUGUUCUCGCUGGUGAAGCGCUAUCUGUGCGUCACCUCUCUCGUGGACAAGCUCAACAGCAGCGCGGAGCUGGGCGGGGAGCGUCAGGACUGUGCCGUGCCCUGCGCUCACGUCGGGGAGAGGAGCCGCAUGCAGCGGGAGUUCGAGUUCAGCAUGGCCAUGGCCAAUCUCAUCUCCGAGCUGGUGCGGGUGAUGGGCUGGGACCGCAGCCAGAGGAUGGAGCUGCUGUCCCUGCAGGAGGGGCAGCCGCGGGUCGUCCGCUCCAUCUUCCAGCCCAAGGCUCCGGCCUGCACCUCCGUCCAGGUGGCCUCCUGCCAGCCCCAGAAGGAAGCCAGUGCCUUCAAGACGCGCUCUGCCUUCCCGAGCCGCAGCAGCUACGUGGAGUAUGUGCAGGGGAACUUGGUGCGGGGCAUGCGAGUGCGCAUGCUGGAGGACUACGAGCAGGUCAGCGCUGGGGACGAGGGCGAGUUCCGCCAGAGCAACGACGGCACGCCGCCCGUCCAGGUUUACUGGCAGGCACUGGGCCGCACCUACUGGGUGCACUGGCACAUGGUGGAGAUUGUCAGUUCAUCUGGCCAGGCGGAGCGGGAGGCCCAGGAAAAGGUGUCCAGCCUGACGGAGAACCUGAAACUGACCACUGGCUUCAGUGGGGAGACAGAGUACCGAAGAGUAGCUGCAUCUGUGAGGAGCUGGUUAAAGAGAGCGCUCGAUGGCACCUUAUAUAGUAACCCUGGCCCUGCCCUAGCACCGGCUAGCUGUGAUACAGCAGCACAGAAUGCUGGCCUCCAAAACGAGACGGCCAGUGGGAGCUGGGGUGAGGGCACGCAAUGGAAAAAGUUGGAGGAGAACAUGGCCGAAAGGAGAAGAAGUGAGAUGCUGAGUGAACGGAUGAACCAGAGCUGGGGAGGGUGUUGAGUAGAGGUGACAGAAUAAAUAGAGAACAGGAGGAUAAAAGUCAGGGACUGGGAAGUGUGACACUACUGGAAGGUUGGCUGGAAAGACCAGAUUAUCUUCCAGGCAGGUAUUUGAUUCAGCUGCUGAAGACUCUCGCGUCGCUCGGAAUGGCUGAGACGGUUACUCAUGAGCUCAUAAAUACGGAGUGUACCAUUUAAAGUCCAGCAUGAGACUGCUUGCUGAGCAACAUCAGUGAGUGUUUUCCAAGAAGCAAACAGAGAAGAACUACAACCGCCGCAGGGUGCAUUUAUACCUGCUAUUAAGAGGGCCAGUUAUCAAGCUCUGGAAGGGCUCUGGAACAGCAGAAUGCGUUCAAAACUACCCUCCCUUAUCGGGAAUGGCUGGGUCUCAGAGGAUGGAUUGAUCACACCCGUUCUGUGUGAAAUAACAUGUGCUCCUGAAUCAGUCCCUUAGGUAAACAAUGCUCACGUUCACAGCCUGCAUGUUCGCCACCUUACAGCUUUUGGCCAACAGCCUGCCUUGGCUGAAGAUGUGAGUGCGGUGUCAGUGGCACGUCUAGCAGAGAGCAGGGAUGACUUUGAGGAAUAAAUGUUUUCAGUCCUGUGUGUCAAGGCUAAUUUCUCUAGGAUUAGCCGAGAUCCACGUCUUUUCUUUUUAUGUAGCCGUGCAUUCCUGUGUUAAAGUCUAAUUAACAAAAGGUGAUUUUGAAACAUUUUCUCAACUAGAAAGCGCCAAAGAGUCCUGUGGCACCUCCUAGACUAACAGACAUA